UUAUCACUCCGCAUCCACCGACACCCACCGACACCCACCAUUGUCCAUUCUCGUGAACAUGAAACAUCGAGCAAUACAAGAAGAAUAUUAGAGGAAAUCCCAUUCAGGAUUCACGAAGAACACCAACUUAUCAGAAAACAGUGGGAUGCUAGAAUGGUGCACACUUGUAAGAAUCAAACUAACAAACAGAUUAACACACAAACAAAGACCCAUGUUGGAUUGUUUGUGGAUUCCACGAGUGGUCCUCUACCAGAUCCGAACUUCGAGAGUGAGGGUGCGGAGUCCAGAUUCUUGCGAAGCCACGAUGUUGAUAAAUUGUGAAGCACCUAUAACUCGGAAGAGUUCCAGAUGCCGACUUUCUCAACAACAAACAUCUGAUUAUUAUCGUGUUUCAUCUGAUCACCACAUGACUUUCUCGAUUACAUUCAUAUAAUCACUACAAAAGAACAACUUUCCACAUGUGAACAUCGUUUCUCCAAGCGGUGUUGCGAAGUCGACUGCCAAGUUUGGCCCGGACAGUGAUCAGAUCACAUCACAUCAGAUCAGACUUUCCAUGUCGGUGAGGUCCUCGGCCUGUGCACUCAGUCAAAGGUUGCAGCUCUUGGCACUCCCGGACCCCGUCCCUUCGACUCCGUUUCCCUUUCAGUGUGAGAGGACUACGUUGAGGAGGUGCGGCGACGAUGAGUUCGGAGCAUCCUGCUCUCAACAGAGUCCCGUCAUCGAAGGUCGAAAGCAUUAGUCACAGGCCUCGAGAAUCGUCUUGGUGCGUGGGAAAGCAUGGGGAGGCCGCUGACCUGGGCGCAGCGUUGGAUCAUUCCCGAGGUCUACCCGAUUGUACUCGUGAUAGGAACUGCAGUGGGACUCUGCGGAACUGCGAUUGUACGAAACGCCAGCAUUAAUCCCGAUGUCAGUGAGAGGGUGUUUGCAUGGCAUUGCAGGAUCAACAAAGAGGAUCGUGCAGCUGGGUACCUGGAGAACUUCACCGAGGGCAAGGCCUACAAAGACAGCGCCCACCGCAGAUUCUUUGCGAAACAAUCCAGAAUGGUGACCACGCGAAUCAACGAAGCCUUCGGUGGAGCCAAGAAACAAUGAAUUUCCACAUCUUCCAUGCAUCUCGCGAUCUUCAGGACUUACAGUAAUUGAUGUAGAGUGAGAAUGUGUGUGUGUUCGUCUUCUAAUAUAUACAUCUAGUUAUUUAUUUUUAGAUUGCUGAUGUUUUCCGCUUUUAAAUGCAUUGAAAGUUGGAUUGGAAUUCAAUGAUGAUGUGGUUGACACUCAUAUGGUGUUUAUAAGACAUUCAAAAACAAUCAGUGAAUCAACCAACAUUUAAAAGUACAUCCACCUGAAAUGAAAAGAAAAAAGAAAAAGUAAACAAGAAAGGUAAUUGAAUAUUUAAGUACACCAACAUUUAUGUAUAAUACAAAUUUUGAAUU